GUUUCAUUCGUGCAACAGUGAUCACUUCACUUAGAUGCAUGUCUCGAUGCAAGUCAUCCAAGGAAGAUGCAACCUGUUGGAUUUUAUCUUGAUAAGAAAACCUUAAAGGCAUUACAAAGCCUACUGCCGAGUUGUGCGGAGUCAGUUCUAAAAGAUUAAGAAAGAUGAGCUGAGAUGAGUCUCUACUCAACCAUUUGGAGAUUCAUUAUUAUACUUCUCAGUUUGUCCAUCCAGCGUUGCCCUCUGCUCCCUGCUGAAUGCCAGCGCUUCAAUGGCCUUGGUUACGUGACAGUUGAACCAGCUCCACUCUUCCUCAUAGGCUCAAACCUCACAGUGUACUGCCACAUCAGGAAAUGUCAAUUGAGGUCCAAAAUAUCCCUGGAGCUGAAUGGUCAGACCAUGGAUCCUUGGAAGAAAGUCAACUGCACCACAACGAUAUUCAAGUUGAUCAAUAUCCAGACGCCACAGUCUAUAGUGCGGUGCAGGCUGCACAGUGAUCAGCUGCGUGAGAUUGUCAAUGGACUGGACCUACAUGGCGGUCUCCCUCCAGAUAAACCUGAAAAUAUUAUCUGUGAAACCUCAAGGAGGUCACAUUUUAUAGACUGCUCGUGGGAGGGAGGACAGGAAACGCACCUCCCUACUGCCUACAACAUUUCAGUCAACAGAGAAAGUGGGACCCAGAUACUGUUAGCUCAGAUCCAGGAUGCUGAAGAGAUCACCAUACCACGAGCAAUGAUAGAUGAAAACACUAAAUACCAGCUGAUUGUCACAGCGCACAACCACUUUGGAGCGUCGCAGUCCGAUCCAGUUGUCCUCUGCGUAAAGGAUAUAGUGAUACCGGAGACCCCUCAUAUCAUGCACAUAAUGUUUGGGAAUAACUCCUUAGCAGCCAUGUUACAAUGGAGAACCACUGAAUCCUCUGAGCAUCUCAGAUCCUACGUCAGGCUCCGCACAGAUAAUGACUCCUGGGAAGCGGGAGAGGGAACAGAGCUCAGCGAGGGUCUGAUACAAGUGGAUGGCCUGAAGCCGCUGACUGAAUAUGAGUUCCAGAUGAGAACAUGUGACCCAACAUCAGGACUGAUGCAUACCAACAUGACCAGCCUCACCAGCAAAAGGUUGUUCUGCAGCAAAUGGAGCCCCUCUGUGAGGGGGAGAAGCCCUGGAAGAGGUCCUACUCAGCAGUUGCAUGUGUGGAGGAAAUUAGGCAGCCAAACAAAUGGGGUGUGGAUGGUGACAGUUUUGUGGAAGCCUCCAUCUCCAGACGAUUACAGGGGUGAGGUGCAACAGUACAAGAUCUUCCUGGGAAAUGACCGGAAACAGGAAGUGACUUGUCGUGCUGUGUUGAGCCAGUGUUCAGUUCAGGUACCAGCAGAGGUCCAGGCACUAAGCAUCAGCGCUGUCACCUCGUAUGGAGCAUCUCCACCAGCGGAUGUGCCUCUCAGAAACUCAGGUGACUUUGGACCUGUUUUGAGAGAGUUGGCUCCUGCAGCUAAUGGCAGUGCCGUCUCGGUCUCCUGGUCGUGGCCGAGGAACAAGCGCUGGUCGACAUCUGGAGGAGAGCUGCUGCACUAUGUGUUAGAAUGGACGAGUGUACCCAUGUCAGGGCUGCAGUGGCAAAAACUGGCUGAUGAUCAAAACAGCACAUUUAUCACAGGUCUGACUGCAGGUGUGAGGUACAAUAUCUCUCUGUACGCUGUGACCACCAGAGGUGUCAGUGCUCCAUCAUCUGGUCUGGUUUACUCCAAAGAACAGAAGCCAGCGUCUAGUCCCAACAUGUCAGUACGGGUCCAUGAGGCCAGAUGGAUCCAGAUCCAGUGGGACGAGCUGCCUGUAAAACAGCAGAGAGGCUUUAUCACAAACUACACCAUCUAUCUCCAGACGCUGGACUCCAGCAACCCUGAGCUCAGCGUGCCGGUGUCCGGCUCCGACCCCAGGCAGAAGUGGCUGAACUGUCCUGAAGGAGCUCUGGCUCUGCAGAUGACGGCGUCCACCUCAGCGGGAGAGGGGCCGCGGGGGAGCCGGGUCUGCUCUCAGCCUGCAACCCCUCCAGUUGGCCUGGUGAUUGUGAUUGUUUUCAUCAUUACCCUCUUCAUUGCGAUCAUAGCCAACCUGUUGUGCUGGAGUUGUGUGAGGGAAAGCAUCAAACAGAAAUGCAUAUCAUGGGGACCUGCCUGUUUUGAUGAAAGCUUACCAAAACCAGGAAACAGCACUGCCAUCAGACUGCUGCAGGAGGACAGAAGUGAACCGCCCCUCUCCUCCACCUGCAGUGACCCCCCGCUGUCCCCCAUCAGCUUAAUCUCCCAGGACGAGGCCGAUGACGUGUACCCCAACAUCCACAUCGAGAUAUCCCAGGUUGGAUCGGGUCAACCCCCGGCGGAGGCACCUUUGCUGACGGCAGAUCCUGGGACGAUGCUUGUUGACAGCCAGCUGGAACAUGUCAGCUACAAACCCCAGGUUGGCACGCUGGUUUCACACGGGGAGGAAGAGAUGGAGACAGACGAAGAGCAGAGGGACGUACUGACGAGUGGGGAGGAAGACAGAUGUUCCAGCGUAUUUGGAGAAUUACUGGGAGGCUUUCUGUCCACUGUGGAGGUGGAUUUCUCUGGUUUACCUCUGGGGCUGACUCUCAGCUCUGUCAACAGCCUUUUGUGGCCUAAACCUCCCGAAACAACCAGUGUCGUGAAUGGAGGCCUCUCACUGGGGUGGAGCGGGACGGAGGACGACGUGAAAGCGGACUCUCCCUCUCUGGAUUUACAACAGGGUGAAAUAGCGACUUGUGACACAGCGGACACUUGUUUAUCUCAGUAUACAGUUGAGACAACAGCGAGCGAUGGUUAUUUCCCCCAGGUAGCUGCUGUCGGCAGCGUGGCGCUCUGUGACACACAUAGGCAGCAGGGACAAUGGGAGUGACACAAACAGCACAACCUGCACUACUAAACUGACUUUCACAAACGCAUUAUUCAAGCACCACUUGACCUCAGUGACUUUGUGUGAUCAGAGGCAAUCAUGCUUCAGAUGGUGUGUAACUAUAAUCAGCUCUGCUUAAAACCAAGUUAAUAAAAGAAUAAGACAUGUUUAUUUUGAGUUUAACUGAUUGUAAUACAUGUGUAGUGGUUCAUCACUAUAGUUAUGUCGGCACUACUUACUAUACGGACAUACUUAAUAAAGCACUAACUGUUUUGUUAAUGUCACACAGAUCAUUUAUUGAUGCUUUAAAGAUCAAUAAUAAGCCGUUCAUACAGAGAGCGUCUGGGUAAAGAGGUUGCUGUCAGGUCCUUUUGGCUGGCGGACAACCACCUGUCAAUCAGUCCAUCCACCUGUGGCCCGGAGUGAAAUAUUCCAACAACUAUUGGAUUGGAUUGCCAUGAAACUUUGCACAGACAUUCAUCUUCCCCAGAGGAUGCAUCCGAAUGACUCUGGUGAGCUCCAGUGCCCACCCAGCUCCACCAGCAGGUCAAAGCUUUCACGUACCGAGUGAAAUAUCUCAACAUCUACUGGAUGGAUUAACACAAAAUGUUGUGCACACAUUUGCGGUUCCUCGUGGCCCGAUGUUUGCUGAUAUUUACUCCAGCGCCACUGUGAGCUUCACAUUUGUGGUAUAAAAUAAAGGUCUCAACCACAGCCAGAUGGACUGCCAUGAAAAUGUCUUCCUCAGGGUUGAAUGUAAUAUCUUUUGAUGAUCCUCUGUCUUUUCCUAUACCACCGAUAUCAGGUUUAAUUUGUUCAAGACUUUGACCUGAUACCUGCAAAAAUAAUGACAUUCCCAUCAGUCUCAACUGUGCUACUGAGCUCACUGGCAAACGCUAGCAUGCUAACAUGGUAAACAUUAUGCAUGCUUACAAACAUCAACAUGUUAGCAUUGUCAUCGUGAGCAUGCUGGUGAGUCACAGUUCCCACUAGGAUAGUCGCAGACUAUCAGUGUAGUGAUUCUCUUUAAUACAUGCAGAACAUUUCCAAUGGAAACUCUUCUGGAAAAACGCUAUUGAGUAUCUGAACCAACAUUUUAGAUGCAGACUUAGUAAGUUAUUACUAAAGUCUCUUUCACUACAAUCAGUAAUCAAGUCUGCGGAUAUAAAUGUUAAUUCAAGAUGCUAAUAAAUGAAUUGUGGUCUGGCUUCCAGCUAAUUUCUAGGUGGUGAAAAUAGAUUACAAAGCAAAGCUAGUAUGAUGCUG